AUGAACGGCACGAACACCAACGGCCACUCCAAGAAGGUGGUGGUGGUGUUCGGCGCCACGGGCAAACAGGGUGGUUCGGUGGUGAGAUCGAUCCUGGGCGACCCAAAGACGGCGUCGCAGUUCUCCAUCCGUGCCAUUACCAGAGAUCCAUCCAAGCCAGCUGCCCAGGAGCUCACCAAGCUGGGUUGCGAGUGCGUGCCGGCCGACGCCGACGACAAGGACUCUCUCCGCCGGGCUCUCGAAGGAGCAUAUGCCGUCUUCGCCGUGACCAACUUCUGGGAAAAGAAGAGCGCCGAGGCGGAGAUCCAGCAAGGCAAGAACAUGGCCGACGUGGCCAAAGAAGUCGGCGUGCAGCACUACAUCUGCAGCAGCCUGAUGAACGUCACGAAGCUCUCCGGCGGCAAGCUCUCGAAAGUCGCCCACUUCGACUCCAAGGCCGAGGUGGAGGACUACGUCCGCGCCAUCGGCCUGCCCGCCACGUUCUUCAUGCCCGGCUUCUACAUGUCCAACAUCCCCGGCCAGAGCCUGAACAACAUGCAGGGCCCGUACAGCUUUGCGCUGCCCAUCCCCACGGACUCGCCGAUCCCGCUGUUCGACACCGAGCACGACACGGGCAAGUUCGUCAAGGCCAUCCUGCUGAACCGCGAAAAGGUGCUGGGCCAGCGCAUCUACGGCGCCACCGACUACUACACGCCCGAGCAGAUCAUUGCCGACUUCCAGGCCGUCAAGACCAAGGACGGCCAGGGCGGUGCCGCGAAACAGGUCCCCGAGCCGGCGUUCAAAAAGAUCCUCGCCGGCAAGGGCCUUCCUGAGCCGUUCCAGGAUGAGAUGCUCGAGAAUAUGCUGUUGAUGCCGCAGUUUGGGUAUUAUGGCGGGGCAGACCUGAAGGCCAGUCAUUCGAUCCUCAACGAGCCUCUCACCACGUGGAAGGAGUAUGUUGCCAAAACUCCCGUGUGGGCCGACGUGCAUUAG